AUGGCUGUGGCUUUCCGCCGGAAAAUGAGCUCGCUGAGCUCUAGACCUGCACUCUUCACUGCCCUCUUGGCGGCAUUCAACGUGGCAUCCGCCCAAUACGAAUGGGAUGACGAGCCGGCAUGUGACAAUCCCAGGGUGAGCAUCGUCAACCAGACCGACAUCGACUUCUACAAGACCUGCCCGGUCAUCGACAGCUCGUUCUUCUUUAUCGACCACGAGUUCAAGGGCCCCUUUGAGCUGCCCGGCGUCGUGUCCCUGCCCUCCUUCAGCUCCGGGUACUAUGGGCCGAAGCUCAAGGGUUCUGACUGGCGUGGGGAUAUUGUCAGCUUCUGCGCUAUCUGUUUUUUCGUGAAACUGGAAGCGGUCGCCAAGGAUUUCGUCGUCAUAGGUAGCUACGGCGUCCGCAAUAUAACAUUGCCGGCGCUGACCACCGCCGGCGCGAUGCUUCUGGACGGUGAUUUUGACGACUGCCCGGCCCUGGGAGCAGCGUUCGCUUCCGUGACAUUCACCGCCACGGAGGACGACCUCUACCAGGGUUUUACCUGCUGGACUGGGUACGAGGACAACAGCUGGAACUCAUCGGACCCGUCGAACAACCCCAAGCCCGGGGAUUCUUCAUCCACCGGGACCGGCUCCGGCUCCGGCUCCGGAUCGGGCUCAUCGACCAGUGCUGGGUAUGUGUGUGCAACCUUGAGUUCGUUGUCUCUAUGCUAA